UUUGACGAAAGCGAGCCCCUGGAAUCCCCCCUAUCUUAUACACCCAAUCAAUCUUACACUGAAUUCGAUGGACCAUUGGACGAUCCUCAUCGCAAACGACUGCCCACGCAUAUAUAUAGAUAUAUAGUGAGAGAUUUUGGUAUCCGCAGUAUAUAUACCGAAGUAGGCACAUAUUUACCUACCGAUACCUACCUAUACCGACCCUCGCUACGGAGGUACCUCGACCUGCAGAGUGCUCAGACCCGCUCCAAUAUAUACUUCGCCCAGACUCCGGCACUGCGCCGCCGCGGUAUCAGACGUCUUGGAAGGAGUGAGAAGUGAAGUGUCUGGUACUUGACAGUACUCGUACCACCGAUUACUCGUAAACACGUACACACUUACACCUCGAUUAUUCCAAGCACGUUGGGAAGAGAGUCCACAACACCAUCGCCAUCGCCAUCGCCAUCACCAUGGCGGUCGUUAUGAAUGCGAAGCCGUGCAGCAUGUGGAUGACGGCCAUAGGAGCGCUGGUUCUCAUCUGGACCCUGUGGGCGCUGCAGGGCCACUCGACGUCGACUCGGUCUCUGAUGCCUCCUCCAUCGGUGCCCAACUCACAGCCCUCUUCCUCACACAACCACGGCAUCAAAUCGCCGAGUACCAGCACGAGGCCGGCGAAUGGCAAACACAACACCACCGUCACCGACCGACCUCUGAUCCUGUACGCAUACUUCGAGACGGAGAACUCGCGCGGGAACCUCGAAUUCUUCCUGCGCCAUGGACUGCACGGCGGUGCCGAUUUUCUGUUCAUCCUGAAUGGUGACAACAAGGCCGAGGACAUCAUUCCCAAGGAGAAGAAUAUUCGCUGGGUGCACCGACCCAACGACUGCUAUGACUUGGGUGCCUUCGCCGAGGUCUUGUUGAAGGACGACCUCUACAAGCGGUACAACCGAUUCAUCACCAUGAACGCCAGUAUCCGCGGUCCCUUUCUGCCAUACUGGGCGACGGGGUGCUGGAGCGAUAUGUAUCUGGACCGAGUGACGGACGUAAAGAAGGUGAGAGAUGCCCAUGCCCAUGCCCAUGCCCAUCCCCAACGCCAGGAAUGCAGAGAAACUGACUCGAAUCUGUGCAGCUCGUCGGAAUGACAUUCAACUGCCACCCCGCCAACCACGUCCAAUCCAUGAUCUGGGCCACCGACCGUGUCGGUCUGGAAAUUCUCCUCUUUCCCACCGAAGAACAGAUCGAGAAAACGCGAGCCUCCCUCCCUCCUCACAACCCCGAUGAACCCAUUCCCCCAUUCACCGCUCCCGGCAUCAAUUCCUGCCCCCACCAAUAUUGGGACGCGGUGGCCGUCGAAGUGUACAGCACUCCAUUGAUCAAGGCUGCAGGAUACGACGUCGAUGUGAUCAUGACCGCCUUCCACAAGAACGAGCGUUACCAGGAAGAUUGCCAGCGCAAUAUAGACUACAAGGACACUCUCUACGAAGGCACCUACUUCGGCACCACGAUCCACCCUUACGAUACCGUCUUCGCCAAGGCGAACAGAGGGACCAAUGCCCUGGUGCUGGAGAGAUUAUCGGAAUGGAUAGAUGGCAGUGGAUAUUCCUCCUACGAUCACUGCCCUUCAUAGCCCCAACACGCGUAUACGAGAGCGAGCGACGACACAGGAAGAAAUUGGUUACAUGAAUGCAUUUAGCGGUCAAAAGGAAGGAAGGAAGGGCGGGCCAGUUCCCCCUUUGGGGGAGGAUAUUUUGUCGGCAUUUUUUGUACUGUACAGUAAGACAUAUUUCUGGCAUUUUCAAAACGUCGCUAUUCAUGACGUGGGGCAUCAUUUUGAGAGGAGUUAACAUGGGGGGUUAUUUUUGUUUACUUUUGGGCAGGCAAACUACGAUACAAUUUUGGCGAUGCAAGAGAGAUUUCUUGGACCGUUUUUGGGGGUCUAGAAUACGUUUUGUUCUUGUCAUUAGUUCAUUAUUUCUCUUCACUUUUGAGAAUGCCCCAGACUGAUGGAUGGGCGGGAGUUAGCUGCUUGUUGAUAGAAUAAUGCGUAGAAUUAUACUUGAAU